CUCCUGCUCCACUCAGUUCCUCUACUCCUCAUCAUCAAGAAGUUGACAACCCUAAAUCCCACAACCUCAAACAUUAUCAACUCAAGGUACUGGUCGCAACUGUGGUAUCCUCCCAUUCUCCCACUAUAACUAGUAGGCCCAGAAAAUUUUGCACGAUAUUAUGGAGAAGACCAUAGAAGUAGUGAGUAGCACAGAUCUUUUUCCGGAUGAGGAUGCAGCAAAUAGUGGUGGUGGAAUUCAGCUAUUUAAGCAUGCUCCCAGUGGAAUUGUGUUUGAUCACAUUGAUGAAGUUCAACCACCAAAUAAGAAACCAAGAAUACUUCCUGGAGAAGAGAUUGACGAGAAGUCAAAGAAGUUUAAACGGCAACUCCAGUCUGUUGCUGUUGAUGGGAUGGAUAUUUUAGCUGCAGCAAGAGAUGCAGGCCAGAAAGCAUUGGCAAAAUUGGAAGCUAGAGAAGCAGCAGCUAAGGCAGCUGCUAAAAGAGAGGAAGAGCGAGUGACAGGUUUGAAAAAGGUUAGGGGGGAGAGAUGGCUACCUUCUAUGGCAAAAAACAGGCACAUGGGGUUUCAGGGACGCUAACUAGUGUGCAGCAAACAAUAAUUGUCUGUUCUAAGCUCGUGCUUGAUGUGAUGAUCAUCAAGUGCUUCUAAGUGAUGUGAUCCAGAUGCUUUAUAGCGCUUUAGAGUUCCGUGCGAUUUGUACCAUGAUCUGUUGUUUGUCACGGGAUUCCCAGAACGGAUCAACU